AUGAAUUCAGCGAGUGGGAGAAUUCAGCAUGAAGCAAAUUCUUUAAUAACAAAUCAAAAUGAACAGUUGGUAAUUGACAUCGAAACAAUGUUGGAAACGUCGGAUGAGUGCCGUCUCUACAGAGUUCCGUAUCACCUUCGCAAAUGGAAUGCAGAAGCCUACACUCCUCACGCUAUUUCAGUUGGUCCUUAUCAUCACAACAAAGAAAAAUUUCAAAAAAUGGAAAAGCAUAAAGUAAGAUAUUUCAAGAGCUUCAUGCAACGGGAUGAGAAUGAGAUCAACUUGAAGAAUUUAGAAACCACUAUAAGGAAGAUGGAAGAUAUCAUUCGACAUUGCUAUGUAGACACUGUUCAGCUUGAAAGAGAUGAUUUUGUGAAAAUGAUCAUGUUUGAUGCGACCUUCAUUCUUGAGCUUUUCUUGAAAUAUAAGUUGGAAGAAUGGACAAAAGACGAUCCUAUGAUUUUGGAACCGUGGCUUGAUUCUAUGGUGAUGCGUGAGUUGCUAUUACUUGAAAAUCAGCUUCCAUUCUUUGUUAUUAAGAAAAUAUACCACCUCGCCAUACCCUCUUACUCAAACUUAGACUCCCUUUCUUUAAUCCAGCUCACCUUUCACUACUUUGAGCACUGGAACAUUCAUAAGAAAGCCCCCGAAGGGGAAAUUAAACACUUCACUGAUUUGCUUAGAUUCUUUGCACUACCUCCACACAACAACCUGCCACAGAGAAACCCUGAAGAGGUUUUUCCUAAGUAUUCUGCUACACAACUGCGUGAGGCAGGAGUAAAAUUUGAGGUGGUUCCAAACAAAUGCGUGCUGGACCUAAGUUUCAAGGAAGGGGUGUUGGAAUUUCCACUAUUGGAAUUCGUCGAUUUUACGGAAGCUCGUGUUCGAAAUAUUAUGGCAUUAGAGCAAUGUUAUGAUACAAAGGACAGGUACAUUACAGAUUUCUAUAUAAUAUUGGAUUAUCUUAUCGAUACUACCAAAGAUGUGGAUUUACUUGUGGAGAAGGGAAUCAUUGUUAAUAGCCUAGGAGACAGUAAUGCAGUGGCAUUUAUGAUUAACAAUCUUAACAAAGGAAUCUUUGGGAUCAAUACGAACUCAGAUUUAUGCCGUCUCUGUGAAGAGUUGAAUGCGUUCUGUGAGAAACCUUGGCACAGAUGGAAGGCAUUAUUAAAACAUCAAUAUUUUAGCACUCCUUGGAGAGUGGCUUCUACCAUUGCUGCUAUUAUUCUAUUGGUGCUCACUUUAAUACAAACCGUAUGCUCUAUCAUCCAAAUAGUUCCUAUUGUUUGA